GCAGAGUGUAGUGGAGGCGGAGGGAAGAGUCAGUCUCCUCACUGAGGAGCUGUUUCGGGCAGCAGGAGGAGCCGCCGACACCGAAUGAAAAAAAACAACCCACAAACACAGAAAGAAAACCGACUCAAAGAGAGACGUGAACGCGGCACCAAUGCACUGAAUUCGGGCUUUGAAUUGCACCAGGAGGAAAACGGCCGCACCGCGGUACAUGUGCGGCGUUUAAUGCCCGCGGAGAGGGAGCUGACUACGGACACAGCAACCAACCAACCGACACCUCUCCAAGAAAACCAACCAGCAAAGAGGGGGAAGACUUGCCAGUGCCAGUGCCGGUGUGUUAUUGGAGAAAAGUACUCGGCGCCGGCUGCCACUCUCGCGCUAAUGCAAUGGAAACGCACUCGGGUCGCCCCCGGUAGCAUCUGAAAUGCGCCAGCGGAAAUAUACCGGCAACUCCCAUGGCUAAUUGUGUCAAGUGGUGGUGGCGGCCAGAGUUUGCCGGUGGAUGCACUGGAGCGCCGUGUGCCCUGCCAUGCCCCGCGCCAUGCUAAAGCAGCACGCUCAUAAUAACAAGGAGCACUCAGUUCAACCAGUGGGAAAGCUGUGGAAAAAGUUGGUGGAAAACCUAUGGUUUGAGACUCAGUUCUGAUUUCCUCCUAUUUAUUUUUUUUUUCAAACUUUUUUUGACCUAGAUAUUCUGCUGCCUUCACUUCACUUCCAUCUGCAGCAGCUCUGCUUCUACUUUCCCUCUCAUUCAUUCUGGCUGCUUAACACCAACACCAAGGACUGUAAAGUGCACCCAGCUUUCUGAGAGGUGUAUAUAUAUAUAUAUAUAUAUAUACAUAUAUAUAUAUAUAAAUAUAUAUAUUCAUGCGGCAAAAUGGAUUUCCGAGUUUGCAGUGGCCCCUUGUUGUCGAGUUAAAAAUGUGAGGGGGGGCGGGGGGCGAAAGGAAGGGACCCCUAUGAAGUGGAGGACUAGGUGGAACAGCAGCACAAGAUCAAAAUGGCCCAAACCAGUUUGCUGCAGGGGAAGCGCUUUUACUGCCGGGAGUGGGUCUUUCACAAGAUCCAGCACUGCCUCCAGGAGAAAACCAACAACCUGAGCGGCGUGACCAGCACUCCAUGCAAGCAGCAGCAGAUGCUGGCACCCAGCGGGGGUGCGUCCACUCCCGGUAGCCUCACAGCAGGAUCCACAAAGUCAGGUACCUCCUGGGGGGUGUUGCUGGUGGGAGGGCCGGGGAGCGGGAAAACGGCUCUGUGCACGGAGCUGCUGUGGCCCACGUCGGCACAGGGAACCCACCGCGGCCUCAACCAGCAGAGCCUGGCGUUCCACUUCUGCCGUGCGGACGACUCGGACACGCUGUGCGUCAGCGGGUUCAUCCGCGGCCUGGUGGCUCAGAUCUGCCGCAGCGGCCUGGUGCCGGGCUAUGAGGAGAAGGUGCGCGAGCCGGCCGUGCAGAGCACGCUGCAGCCCGGGGAGUGUGAGAGGAACCCGACGGAGGCGUUCAAGAGGUGUGUGCUCUUGCCUCUCCUCAGCGUGAAGCCUCCUCAGCAGUCUCUCUUCCUGCUCGUGGACUCCAUCGAUGAAGGCUGUCAGCUGGGCGAGGGGGAGCAGCGGUCGUCCCUCGGCUCCCCCAGGACCAUCGCCGAACUCCUGGCCAGCCACCACGAGUUCUUGCCUCCCUGGCUGCUGCUCAUCUGCUCCGCGCGACGACAGAACAAGGCCAUCACCAAACUCUUCACAGGUUUCCGCAAAAUCAGCCUCGACGAUCUACGAAAGGCCUACAUUGUCAAGGAUGUGCAGCAGUACAUCCUCCACAGGCUGGAUCAGGAGGAGGCCCUGAGGCAGCAUCUCACCAAAGAGACCGCGGAGAUGCUCAACCAACUUCACAUCAAAAGCAGCGGCUGCUUCCUCUACCUGGAGCGCGUGUUGGACGGAGUGGUGGAAAACUUCAUCAUGCUCCGCGAGAUACGCGACAUCCCCGGCACGCUCAAUGGCCUCUACCUGUGGCUCUGCCAGAGACUAUUUGUCAGAAAACAGUUUGCCAAAGUUCAACCCAUCCUAAACGUAAUCCUGGCAACUUGCAGACCACUCACAGUCAAAGAACUGUACCAUGCAGUCUGGACCAAAAAUAUGACCACGACUAUGGAGGACUUUCAGAAAAAGAUGGACAUUCUCUCCAAGUUGUUAGUCGAUGGUCUUGGGGGCACUAAAAUCCUGUUUCACUACAGUUUUGCAGAGUGGCUACUGGAUGUGAAGCAUUGCACCCAGAAGUACUUGUGCAAUGCGGCAGAAGGACACAGGAUGUUGGCGAUGAGUUACACCUGCAGAGCAAAGCAGCUAAAACCACUCGAGGUGCAAGAGUUUGCACUACACCUGGUCAAUUCCAAUCUGCAGAUAGAGCCGUUCAACCUGGCUCUUUGGAUGGUUUGGAAUGGAACUCCUGCUAAAGACUCUCUCACCACAUCUAUACCAAGAGAGCAGGAAGUCCUUCAGCUUCUGGUCAAAGCUGGAGCGCAUGUUAACAAUGAGGACGAUCACGCCUCAUGUAUUGUCCAGCAGGCCCUGGAAAGGGAGGACUCGAUAAGGACAUUGCUUGACAAUGGGGCAUCAGUGAACCAGUGCGACUCGAGUGGAAGAACUCUGCUGGCCAACGCUGCGUACAGCGGAAACCUCGAUGUGGUCAACUUGCUCAUUUCCAGAGGUGCAAACAUGGAGCUGGAGGACAACCACGGACAAACAGCACUUACUCUUGCUGCGAGGCAGGGCCAUACCAAAGUGGUCAACUGCCUAAUUGGUUGUGAGGCCAACAUCAACCACACGGAUCAUGAUGGAUGGACGGCCCUCCGCUCAGCAGCCUGGGGUGGACAUUCAGAGGUUGUAUCUGCUCUGCUCUACGCCGGUGCCAAAGUGGACUGUACCGAUGCUGAUGGCAGAACCGCUCUGAGAGCUGCAGCUUGGGGAGGUCAUGAAGAUAUCGUGUUGAACCUGCUGCAGCACGGGGCUGAGGUCAACAAAGCAGACAAUGAAGGACGGACAGCUCUCAUUGCUGCAGCUUACAUGGGGCACAGAGAGAUUGUCGAGCACCUCUUAGACCAUGGGGCUGAAGUUAAUCAUGAAGAUGUGGACGGAAGGACUGCCCUCUCAGUCGCUGCUCUCUGUGUGCCUGCAAGUAAAGGUCACGCGUCUGUGGUGAGCCUUCUCAUCGACAGGGGAGCAGAGGUUGACCACUGUGACAAAGACUGCAUGACUCCCCUCCUCGUGGCUGGCUAUGAAGGACACGUCGAUGUAGUUGAUCUGCUUUUGGAAGGCGGAGCCGAUGUGGAUCACACGGACAACAAUGGCCGCACCCCUCUUCUUGCUGCUGCAUCAAUGGGCCACGCCUCAGUUGUCAACACCUUACUCUUCUGGGGUGCUGCUGUUGACAGCAUCGACAGCGAGGGAAGGACUGUGCUGAGCAUCGCAUCUGCUCAGGGUAACGUGGAGGUGGUCAGAACUCUGCUGGACAGAGGUCUGGACGAGAAUCACAGGGAUGACGCAGGCUGGACCCCGCUUCACAUGGCUUCAUUCGAGGGCCAUCGCCAAGUGUGCGAUGCCCUCAUCGAGCAAGGCGCUCGUUGUACAGAGGUAGAUAACGAUGGUAGAAUACCGCUGAUAUUAGCUGCACAAGAGGGACAUUAUGACUGUGUGCAAAUUCUUCUGGAAAACAAGUCAUGCAUUGACCAGAGGGGAUAUGAUGGGAGGAAUGCUCUCAGGGUGGCUGCACUGGAAGGCCACAGGGACAUUGUUGAACUGCUGCUGAGCCACGGAGGGGAUAUCGAUUACAAAGACGCAGAUGGGCGUCCAACACUCUACAUAUUGGCACUUGAAAAUCAGCUGGCCAUGACGGAGUAUUUCCUUGAAAACGGGGCAAAUGUGGAAGCUUCUGACACUGAAGGCAGAACGGGCCUACACGUCUCCUGUUGGCUAGGACAUGUUGAAAUGGUGAGGCUGCUGAUAAACUAUCAUGCUGAUGUGAAUGCCUGCGACAAUGAGAAGCGAUCUGCCCUCCAGUCUGCCGCGUGGCAAGGCCACACGAAAGCCGUACAGUUUCUGAUAGAGAGUGGCACACAUGUUGACCACACAUGCAACCAGGGAGCAACAGCACUAGGCAUAGCCGCACAGGAGGGUCACAUUGACGUUGUGCAAAUACUUCUUGAAAAUGGCGCUGACCCCAACCACGCUGACCAGUUUGGACGCACCGCAAUGAGAGUGGCAGCAAAAGGUGGCCAUUCAAUGAUCAUAAAACUCCUGGAAAAGUAUGGGGCCACAACGCUAAACGGCUGCAGUCCCUCUCCUGUACACACUUUAGAAGAAAAAACACCAUUAGGAGUGACUGGGAAAAUGCAGUCCCUCACCAUUAAAUCAAGUAGUUCUGGCAGCACCGGUGCAGGAGAUCUGCAAUCAUCUGGACGUGGUCUGAACAACGGACCCGUCCAUGCUUUCAGUUCGCCCUCAGAAUCUCCCGAUUCCACUGUAGAUAGGCAAAAGUCCUCCUUGUCAAACAACUCCCUCAAGAGUUCAAAGAACUCGUCCCUGAGAACGACAUCAUCGACGGCCACGGCGCAGACCGUGCCGAUCGACAGUUUUCACGGACUUACGUUCACAGAACAAAUCCAGCAGCACUCACUGCCCCGUAGCCGCAGCAGGCAGUCCAUCGUGUCCCCUUCCUCAACAACCAAGUCCAUUGGUCAGCAGCCAUCGUCUCCGUCCAAUGACUUUGACUGGUCUCAGUUAAAACCUGGUCUCAAAUCAACAAAGGGAAGCAAGAGCGGAAACGGGACAUCAAACAAUAAGAGCUCGGACAAGAAGAAGAACAAGAACAGCGGAUCGACGCAAGGGCAAGUUUUGGAGUAUGAGAUGACACAGUUUGACAAGCGGAUCGCCUUCAACAAAUCAGUAGCCAACAUUUCGGUGAAGGAUCCCCACUGUAAGAUCAUGAUUGGCGGCUCACUUCAGCAGGAGAGGGGACAAGUCCAGGAUCAGUUCUUUAUCCAGCAGCAGAGCUGCGCAGAGAAGAAGAGAAACGGCAUCAUGACCAACCCCAACUAUCAUCUACAGGGUAAUCAGGUUUUCCUGGGUAGGGUAGUUUCUCGGACUGCACAGAACAGAGGCCACGAGGAUGUUCUAGAGAACUAUCCCAUAGGGGAAACCGAGCUAAGCCUUAAACAAGCCCUGAAACUGCAGAUUGAAGGAUCAGACCCUGGGUUUAACUACAAAAAGGAGACUCCGUUAUAGCUGAUGUCUUGAAACGCCAUUCGUCACGCAGACCAUCGGAGGGAUUGUGCCAAAGCAACUGUUUUCACCUGCAUUUCUGUUCUGUUGUUGUUGUUGUUGUUGUUGUUGUUGUUUAUCAGAUUAAAUAUAAUACCUGGGGAAGAUUGUGGAUUUUCUGCCUGAGGCUUAUGUGAACUGAUACUUCGAUGUGCCUACAUCUGUUACAGCCUUCUUCAUUUAUUCAUGCAAACCUAUCAUUUUUAAUUUAAUGUUAAUGCUAUUUAAUAAACAGUGUAUGCACUUUUAAAAAGAUGAAAACGACAGACAUGCAUUUGUUCUAUUUGCGUCGCGUACCAUCCAGCAAAUUGAAACAAACAUCCAACGCUUUUUUUUUUUGUUUUUUUAUUCUUCUAUAUCAUGUUUGUUCUGUCUUUUUUAUUUUAUUUUAUUUUGUCACACUGACAGCAAUGUAACAUUGAGUACAUUGUCACAAACCAGAGGACAUAGCAGUAACUGAUGUCAUGGUAUGAACUUAAGCGCAUUUAUAGUCUGCCUUUUCUAGAGACCCCCGCCACAUCUAAUCUGUGUUAACCUUGAUCAGUGUGCUCAAUCUAUGUUGUGUGUAAUAUAUUGAUAGCAAUGGCAGUUACAAGCAUAUUUAUUUUUGGAAAAAAAAGCCACUUUUGCUGCAUUUUUUUUGUGUUGCAUUAGCUCUAUCAUGGUGCUGUGUUCAGACGUUGCCUGCAGUUAUUUUUGUUUGGACUCUUGGGUUUUUGUGUCCGCUUUGUGCAUCUCUGUAUUAUUACAAAUAUCUUAAGAGAGCUAGAUCCAUUGAAAGUUAAUUUUGUCCCUAUGGGAUUUUUUUUUUAAGUUGUUUAUGUGUGUUUAUGUUUUUGUGAUGCAUAAAAAAAACAAAUAUUUAAAAUAACUCAUUGUGUACCGGUAACAAAAGUUUGGUGCUAUAAACGCAGCAGUUUCAAGUGACCGCAGUGCAUCUGUCUGCGUUUGUCCUGAGUUCCGUGUAUAACCUACUGCAAUGCAAGAGAAACAAAAACCCAAGCUUUUUGUUUUCUUAUUGUCACGUGGUUCCUUUUGAGUGAUUUACUUGUGGAUAUUUCAGGGGCUCGUCACAAAAACCAGGGGGUUCAGCUUGUAGCCGUGAGUGGUUAAGUGUUAGAAAUGCAAAAAUUGUAAUGCCAAAGUUGAAACGGCACACUCUGACCCCCCCUCUCCUCCCCGUGCGGAGCUGAAAAUUAGCUCAACAGGACUUAACCCCCGCGGGAGAAGGAGGGGAGGAGGUGCUCGACUGUGGCACUGAGGGAACCAAACAUCUGUUUCUCAUGAACUCUGUGGAGCUGCGUUAGCGUUUACAGGCUGUGUCAUAUUUUUGCAGGCUUUUCACGCCGUUAACAGUGAGCUAUUUUUCACCGCUAACCGGGAUCAAGGGGGUGGCGGA